UUAUUUAGAAAAUCACACAGGGAGAAGUAAUGGGCUUACUUCUUUGCCAAGCGAUGGAGGCAAAGGAAGGGCCUUUGGAGCUUAGAAGUGAGGACGGAAAAAGGUACUUCUCUCACUUCUACAUCAUCUCAGUGCUGUGGAAUGGCUUCCUGCUUUGGUGCCUUACUCAAUCUCUGUUCCUGGGAGUGCCUUUUCCAAACUGGCUGUACACUUUACUCCGAAUUCUUGGGGCCACUCAGUUCCGAGGGGGUGAGCUGGCGCUGUCGGCUUUCUUAGUUCUAGCAUCUGUGUGGCUCCACAGCUGGCGGAGGCUCUUCGAGUGCCUCUACGUGAGCGUCUUUUCCGAUGCCACCAUUCACACCGUGCAGUACUGCUUUGGACUGGUCUACUAUGUCCUCCUCGGCCUAACUGUGCUAGCCCAGGUGCCGAUGGACGGCAGCAAUGUCUACGUGGUAGGGAAAAAUCUCUUGAUGCAAACUCGGUGGUUCCAUAUCCUCGGAAUGAUGAUGUUCAUCUGGUCAUCGGUCCAUCAGUAUAAGUGCCACGUCAUUCUUGGCAAUCUCAGGAAAAAUAAAGCAGGAGUGGUUAUUCACUGCAACCACCGAAUCCCUUUUGGAGACUGGUUUGAAUAUGUUUCCUCCCCUAACUACUUGGCAGAGCUGAUGAUCUACAUCUCCAUGGCUGUCACCUUAGGAUUCCAUAACGUGACCUGGUGGCUAGUGGUAACAUACGUCUUCUUUAGCCAGGCCCUGUCUGCUUUCUUCAGCCACAAGUUUUACAAAAGCAAAUUUUCAUCCUACCCGAAGCAUAGGAAAGCUUUUCUACCGUUUCUGUUCUAAGACAACCUCAGUCACGAAGAAUGCCGACCAGGUGACAGGUCCAAUUCUCAGGACAAGGACGUCUAGAGACCAAAGUGCAGGUUCUGCAGAACUGUUAGAAACUCUCUAUAUUUAUACCCAAAGUCUUCACUGAAUAGGCCAGAUGAUACCCCUCAAGAAAAUGAAACUUCAAAGAACUACUUCUGGCAGAACAGGGAGUGCUGUGUCUGCUUUCUGAGAUGCUUUGUAAAACCAACCACCUGCUAAAAACUGGAUGCGACUUCUCUAAGCUGCUUCAAAGCAAAGUAACCCAGAAUAUGCACAUAGCUCCAAACACAUACAUACACAGAGGAAGAGAUUAGAUCAUCUGUGGCUUUUGUGAGGGACAAAUUAACUGGAUAUCAUAAUAAGCAAUAUAGUAGAUGCUCAGUAAUUGCUUGUUGCAUUUCAAUAAAAGCAGAAUAGCUUUUGAAAAUAACUAUAUAAUUUCACACCAAAAGAUUCAGGGAAUAACGAGUUUGUUGGAGUUAAUUUAUACUUUCACAUUUGCCACAAAGUUUCUAGUUAUGGAACCAUCACUAGUCAUUUCCACUCAUCUCUCCCUCAAAUCAUAACCCAAGGGGAAGUUUGAAACCUCUUUUAUGUAAUACUUUUUGACAUCCCUUUCGAGGAGUACCUUAAAACUGAAAGCGUCUGAAAGUGAAAUAUUUUUGUAUUCAUGCGUCAGAAGCUCUAUGAAUAGAACUGACUUACACUCUGGAUUAAGAUGGUACUGUAGCCUCAUUCAUAUGUAAUUAUUCAAAUUGGAUUAAUGUCUGCCUGCAUUCAUUUUAAUUAAUAGAAUGAAUCUGAAGCUACUGUGGAAUAAAGUUUACACUUAAAAUAGCUUAUGUAAAAAUGCCUAUGGUUAAAUCAAAGGGAAAUAAAGAAAAACAUAAACUUGAAAAAUGA